AAUUUGUCUUUAUUCUUGGUUGCACAAAUUCUGUAUCUGUAACAAAUAGUGGUUUUGAAGCGGAAUUGGCGUUUAAAAGGAUGAGAGUAAUUAAUCGUCUGGGUAUUGGUUCUUAUCAACUUGAUACUUAA